GCCAUGGAGCAAACAACAAGUGUGAAAGUUCUUCAGGAGUGUUCAGUGGCACCAACACAGGGAAGAACCACUUCCUCCGCGCCAACUUCCCUUCCUUUCACCUUCUUUGAUUUACUAUGGCUAAGGUCUCCACCAGUUGAACGUGUUUUCUUCUAUGAAUUCUCAAACCCCACAAUCUCAUUCUUUGAUUCCAUUCUUCCCAAUCUCAAACACUCUCUUUCCUUCACACUCCACCACUUCCUCCCUCUUGCUGGCACCAUCACAUGGCCUGAUGACUCACCCCACCCCAUCAUCAACUAUGUCCCUGGCAAUGCUGUUUCCUUAACCAUUGCUGAGUCCAAUGCAAAUUUCAACCUCCUUUGUUCCAACACUUGUGAAGCUUCUCAACUCCUCAAUUUGAUACCCCUUUUGGCCACUUCCCAUGAACAGGCAUGUGUGAUGGCUCUUCAAGUUACCCUUUUUCCAAACCAUGGCUUUAGUCUUGGAAUAUCCACACACCAUGCAGCUUGUGAUGGGAAGACCUCAACUUUGUUUCUCAAAGCAUGGGCCCAUGCCUGUUCCAAUAACCUUGGAGAAUCAUCAUUUUCGUCAUUACCUAAACAUCUAACACCCAUUUAUGACAGGUCAAUUAUAAGAGACCCCUCAGGAAUGGGUGCAAUGUACGUGAAUAGUUGGUUGAACUUUGGAGGGCCAAACAAUAGAAGCAUGAAGGUGUGGGAUUUUGGUGGUGCAAUGUCAAAGGAAUCAACUAGAGGUUCGUUUGAAUUAACCUCAAAAAAUGUCCAAAAGCUUAAGCAGCAUGAAAAAUCUAAGCUGAAAGAGAAUGCUCACUUGUCAACAUAUGCGGUUACAUGUGCUUAUGUGUUGCAAUGCUUAGUCAAAGCAGAACAACCAAAGGCCAAUGGAGUAGCUUUUUUGUUCAGUGUGGAUUGUAGGUCUCGCUUGGAGCCACCUAUUCCUUCCUCAUAUUUUGGAAAUUGCAUCAUAGGCCAUAAGGUUAUGAAUGAGACAAAAAAGUUUGUGGGAGAUGAUGGUUUCAUCCAUGCUCUUGAGGGGAUUACUGAAGCUUUGAAAAAAUUGGAUGAUGGGGUGCUAAGUGGAGCAGUAACAUUGUCUACAAUGAUGCAAAUUGCAAAUGAUAAUAAAAUACUUAGCACUGCUGGAUCUCCAAGGUUUGAGGUUUAUGGUAUUGAUUUUGGAUGGGGAAGGCCAAAGAAGGUGGAUAUGACUUCAAUAGGCAAAACAGGAGCAUUUUGUCUGUCUGAGAGUAGGAAUGAAAAUGGAGGGAUUGAGAUUGGGUUGGUGUUGAACAAACAAGAAAUGGAGGUUUUUGCUGCUCAUUUUACUCAAGGACUUGAAUCCCUUUAA